AACGGCUGGUUUUCAGUGACUUCUUUUAACUUGGAAGCGAACACGAUGUGAAGUAAACUUUCGCUAAGCCGCCUCAUCUCCUUCGUGCUGGUGUAAUUCUGUAAGUCUCAGAGGUUAGGUCUGAAGCUCAGCCCUUUCGGUUAUGUUACUCACGUGUGCUUUAAAUGAUAAAACCGUUCACUAUCUGCCCGGUUGGUAGUUGCUGCAUUAGGUAACUACAGGUAUAUCAAUUACUAUGUAAUACUCUGUUUCUGGUAAUGCAAACGCUUGUAACUACUUGAAUAAGUUUUGUUUGAACUAUGGAUACUUUUUUUACACUUAAGGAAUAUUCAAAUGGAAAGCUGACCGCAUUUUCUGCUGAAUCUAAGCUUAAACCUUGGCCCAUGUACAAAAUCCAAAUCUGUCUUACCCGUACUGACUUGGUUAUUUUUCUAUGUUUGGAAUGUAACUCCUGUUACAUACUUCUGCGCUGUUGAAUAUUUUCUAACCUUUUAUAGUCUGUUCCCUUUCCAUCUCAGCGCUACUCUUGGGUCUGACUUUUAACAAAUGUAAUCUGCGUUAUGUACUGUCCUAAACUGUAGCGUGGGCAGACAGAUGAAAUAGCGGUAAAUUGUCUUAAUUUUUCUUUGAAGCACUGCAGUACUUUUUCUUUCAAGUCUGUUCAAAUAGUCGUGCCAUGAAAAUGCAUCUUACACAGCCACUCUGGAUAUAUUGUACUGUAAAUAUAGCAAUCGCUGUCAUAACUUGGAGUUAAAAUGUCUGGAUGGUAACUAGUGCCUGUCUGAUGUAAAUUGGAAAAGAGCAUUAGGCCUUCCUCCUAAGGUGCUGUUUCAAAAUAAUUAUUUACUAUUUUGCUUCUGGGAAAUUGUGAGAGAUCCUGGACAAAAUGUUGCUAUGCCACAUUGAGAUCCAAACAGGGAUUUUUGGGUUUUGCUGUAAAGGAGGUCCGUAAAACUCCUUGGGUUUGGUUUUCAGUGUCAUUGUAAAUACGUGAAACUGUAUGUGUCUUUGUGUCUGAAACCGAAUUCAAUGUGGUGACGGGAGGGGCCAAGAGGAAGGGCAAAGGCAAUGCUGUGAGGUGCUGCUGGCUUUCCCUGGCUAAAACCCGCUGCAAAUUAGUGACUUGGCUGAAUUGCAGCCUGGCUGAGGGCUUCGGAAUGAAUGAAUGAAUGAAAAAUUAACGGGAUCAGUAUCAGCCUCACACGUGAAUGACUGACUAAAUGCAAUAAAAGGCUAAUGGACAACACUAUUACUCUGGUCAUCACUUUGAUUACAGAUUUUUUUUUUAUUAUAAAUUUGAGUACAUGCAUUAUGUAAUUUGUAAAAUGACUCUGUAGUGGAGACCUUGCUACACCACUAUUAAAAAUCUUCCCUGUUUGUGAGAUAAGAGGUUUGUAGAAUAGCGAGAUUCUUUCGUAUGUUGAAUCUUAAUCUGUUCCUAAUGGUGGGAGUGCUGAAGUAAUGUAUCUCACUGUGAUCUGGUACUUUGGUAUUUGCAUAAAAUGGCAGUUCUGUAUAUUCUUUUGGCUAACUGUAAAUAUAAAUGUUUCAUAGUAGCAUAGUUGAAUUUUUGAGGUACAGCCAUUUGUGUGAGAUUAGAAAGAACAACUAUUUCUAAGAACUUGUAAAAAAAAAUAUUUUCAAUAAAAUUCCCUACCUCACCUCUAUUGUGCAGAAAUUAUCCCAUUGUCCUAUGUUUAGUUUUCCCCCUUCAUUUUUAAACACAAAGGAGAUCCCUUUUCAGUUAUUGGCAAAAUGUUGCUGUUUUUCAUUGAAUCAACUGAACAGCAGAACACUUGAAAGUCCAAAGUCACUAGUUUGCUUUGCUUUCUUUAUAUUAUGGUGAUCAGGUAUUUGAUACCUGAAAAGCAAAGUCUAGAAAUUUUAUGCUCUCUUAAGCUGCUCCCUUGCUCUACCCUAGGAUCAAGAGCUUUAUUGUAUA